AUACAUUUUUCGAAGUAACCUUUCAAAAUGACUUCGCCUAGAACGUUCUCGCACCAAAACAUUGAGCGAACGUGAGGCGCAUACUUGCCGGUUGUUUUCACCUCCAAGUAUGAACAAUAUAUCCUCUAGUGUUUGUUGGGAUCGAUCUGCUAGACGCUAUUGUUAAUUUGUAGGAGUGGGCCACCGCGUGCCAUUCCUACGUCCGUGUCCGCCAACCGAAGCACAAUGCAAUCCAGCGCAGCAAACAUGCCUGAACUCAGCGUGAAUGACUCCGUGAAACGCGACACCAAGCUGGACGACAAAGUAACCGUUGAAGAUGGAAGUGAUACAGACUCCGGCAGUGAUGAUACAGUGCCCGAUCUCGAGGACGACAUUGGCAAAUCCACAGGACAGAGCCAGAUGGCACAAGCAGCUGGCAUCACAGAGGAGUUGGUCAGCAAGGCCAAACAAAGCCGGAGUGAAAAGAAAGCUCGUAAGCUGAUGUCGAAGCUAGGCUUGAAGCAAGUGCAGGGUGUCUGUCGGGUUACCAUCCGCAAGUCCAAGAACAUCCUCUUCGUCAUCACCAAGCCAGACGUUUACAAAAGCCCGGCGUCAGACACCUACAUUGUCUUCGGAGAAGCCAAGAUUGAGGACCUGAGCCAGCAGGCCCAGAUGGCUGCUGCCGAGAAGUUUAAGGCUCCCGACUCCGGCGCCGCCGCGGGUGAGCCGGCACAGACGGCUGUCUCUCAGCCAAUCGAAGAGGAGUCUGAAGAGGAGGAGGAGGUCGACGAGGGUGGUGUGGAAAGCAAAGACAUUGAACUUGUCAUGUCCCAAGCAAAUGUUUCUCGUGUGAAGGCGGUACGAGCAUUGAAGAACAACAAUAAUGACAUCGUGAAUGCAAUCAUGGAACUGACAAUGUAGCAGAGGUUGUAAGCAAGCAAGACCUGCAAACCGUCGGCAAGCAUUGGAGCGGGCUCUACAGCUGUGAUUAUUGUAAAAAGAAGCGAAUCCGACUCGAAGAUCAUUUUCUGCCAAAAUGUCUCGAAGCAAUUGCUUCUAGAUCUAAAUAUUGCCGCAAAUUAAAGUGUUCGAAGUA